AUGGCGAACGAACCCAUGGAAAAUGGUGUCAGUAUUAACGACGGUUUAAACGAAAGAUGUAGCACAGAAAAAGCUCUAAAAUUCGCCAAGAAGUUGUAUAUACACGGAGGCAACAUUUCCAACUGGAACAGGAUCAAACGGAAGACUACACCUAGUUCAUCGGAUGAGGUUUGUUAUGAGUCUUUGGUGAGAUUUUUUAAUUCGAGCACGCGAGAGUGUACAAGCUUAGAGCCCUUCAUGAUCUUCAUUUUCGUCGACACUGGGUAAAAAAUAAAUUUUCCAUGCUUCCUACAGUCUCUUACAUUGAAUCCUCUGUUAAGGAAGUUUUUAGGGUUAUAUUUUUCUGUUGUCACAUACUAUUUACGGUCCUUCUGUGUAAACAAUAACCCAGCCGGCUUCGCAGAUUCUUUCGUCACGAAAAUCAGAAAUCGAUACAAAGCAGUUUUUAAAACCAAAAUAGACUCAUUCCUGCAUUAUAAACAUUAAACUAGUCGGAUUAGAAAAUCGUUGAAAGGCAACUGUAUGCGUGAUGAAUUCGCGUUCGUCCCGUGAGUCAGCAAUUUAAGCUUCAUUGUCAAGAAAAAUGCAAUCCAUAGAACCAACAUGUCCAUAUGGGUUAUUUUUGGCCUUUGUGCCUAAAAUAAACAAAAAUCAUUAAUUUGCUACCGAAGUGAUUUUGUUUAAAAUGCGAGUCAACAAUUUAAAAAAAUGUACCUGCCUCAAAAUAAGUUUAGUUAAUUAAACAGUUACGUAAGUUAAUAUAUUAAGAACACUUACACUGUAUUACAUUUUAAAAAAAUGUAUUAGUCAGGCCAUUAGUGUAGGGUGGGGUGAUAGACAUGUAUUUUCAUUUUUCUCUGCUCGAUAGCAGUAGUCCACCAUCAUGUGUUAAUUAGCAUUCGAAUGUCUUAUUUUUUGCCUACAAUAAAUAAAAGAUAUUGAAUUAACUCAAUUGAAUAUUAUAAUUUUAAAAAACUCAGUUAACUCGCCCAAACCCAAAGCACCUCCUCAUUCCUAAAGUACUUACAUUACUUUCAAAAACAGGGAUUAUUAUCACAAAACUUAAAGAUGGACAUCAGUUUAAUAUGUGGUGUUCUCAAUAUUAUUGUAGCUAUCUGAAAGCAUUGGAACAACAUUGAGCAGCUUAGUGCCUGGGAACAACAAUGAAGAGGAAUUUAUUCCAGUAAGUUGCAAUAAUUACUCAAGAAUACAAGAAUAAUAAUUUAUUAUCUGUUAUCACAAGGGAGAAACGAGAAGAGAUUGUAGUGUACAUGCGGGACUUUCCUAGUGCAGGAAGUUUGAGGUCAUGUGACUAGACAGAGUUGUGUUUUUAGUGUAGCGGUGUCAGAGCUAAGUAGUGCUUCUGUCUACCAGACUAUAAAUGCCUUGGUUGCCCAUCAGAAAUACUACAGAGAAAUCUAGUAACUCCUUGCUUUUUACUAUGAAAACACGAGACAUUAGAAAUCAUUAGUUUUCUAAUUUUAUGUUAUUUUAGAAAAAGGCAUUGAGAUGUGUGAACCAAAAGUUUGUGGAAAAAAUAGAGCGAGGAGAAAGGGAACAUCUCAAAAUUUCAGGUAAUAUUUUUUUUACUAUUCUGAUGAGACAUUUUGCUAUGCUUGUUUCUUCCCUAGCUUUAAUUCAUUACAUCUUAGGCCCUGUUCAAACAUCCCAUUUCACAUGUGCUGAAUCUAAUGCUAAUGAUGAAAAUCUGUUGUUCUUGCUCAUUUGCAUAAUUAGAUUUGGCACUUGUGAAAUGAGACGUUUGAACUGGUUCUAACUUACUUUAAUAUCACAAAAUAAUUUCACUGACUCUCUGCCUGAAACGUAAAAAUAAAUUGUUCAACAUCCUCAAUUCUCCUUUUGAUUACAGUGAAAGUAUUCGCAAUUGAACUCAAACCUGCCAUUAUCCAGGAUGCACUAUUCAGAGGUGAGGCUUGAGGGUUCUUUAUCCUUGGAGCAUUGAAUAUUAUUGGUCACAGUUCUAUCCCUUAAACUGUUUAGGAAAUAAUGUUUUCAAAUUUGUUUCCCCUCUUACUAGCAAUGUGUGAGCUUGGGGUGGAGUCUGUGGAAACCUUGUUCUUAGCAUUGCCAGAGAUGUCUGGUGAAGAUGCUUUUGAAGUUCUGAAGGGCUUCUGGGAGGUACGUUUAACUCUUUUUACCUUGUUGUUAAAACUGCAUGAUUAUAACACCCAAUAGUGAUUUUUUUUUAAAUGUAAGUUACAUUUGGAAGUGUUCUAAAAAACUGCUUUAUCCACUUUGAAAUGCUAUCCUCAGUGACUACACAAAUAAAUUUAUUAAGAAAUAUCUCUUUCUUAGAGCAAAGAUAAUUUGAUCUGAAAUAGUUUGAGGUUAUUUCAAUGUUAUUUCGUCCUCUUCAUCAGUCAAAUUAAAUGACUGAAGGUCUUAUUUACAAACUGUGCUGUCCAAACUUUUAGGAAAUGGAGUUUCUAUCAGACAGCGGAUAUAUCAAAGAUCUAGGAGUUUGUGACCUGGACAAGCCAACGCUAGAAAAACUUUAUCAGUCAGCAAGGGUACGUUAUUAUCUUUUUUCAGUUUAUCUCAUUUUAUGGUUAUUACUUAUUUAGUUUUGAUUUUGUUUCUGAUCGGCAGCAUUUCACCUCUAAAUGUUCAUGUACAUGAAUAACCUAUGUUUAACGUAUUGCACUGAUUUUUGCAAAUAAUUCCUUGCAGAUCAAGCCUGGGAUCAACCAAGUCAAUCUUGCUUCGUGUUGCGUGAUGCCAAAGGUAAUUUAUAAUGUUAUGAUUGACUUAAAUUGCUACAGGUCAGGUGAACAUGUUAAACUAAUAGUGCUGCAUUUUUCCUUUUGAGGUUGCUUAGAGUGGUUUGUGGGUGAACCUGUUGAGGUCCAAUCUCAAAUCUGGUUCUUUUGCAAUUCAGCCACUGGCUGCAUUAAAGUGAUAAGUGUAACACUAGCCUAUGUAGCAAGCGCUUGCAUAAUAUGGGUGCAACAGAGAGAACAAGGCAUGUGAGGGGGACACACGAUGUAUUCCUUUGCAUGCCCCAUCCUUCUGAUAUUAUACCGGUAACUUCCCAGUGCCACCAUUUUCUUGUCAAUGUUUUCUUUUCUUUUCCUUUUUUGUAUGGGAAUGGGCUGUUGCCUGUAGAAGCUACUUUUUAUAUGCCAGUGUAAUAAUAUAUAUGACAAAGUAUAAAUGUCUUCCCUUAGGAAAGUUCUCUAAAUUUAUUUACCUUGAAUUUGAAUUUGAGUUUUUAAAGUUUUAAAGUUAUUUUUCAUUUAUUUUUUCAGGAUCUUGUAGCAUUCAGUGAGAAGCAUGACAUUCAACUGCUGACACAUGCUGAUCCAAAAGGUAAAUAAUGAGUACCCUCAGAAACGGUUGUUUCAUUUUCAUCUAGGGGUAACUAACCAGAGACAAAGAGCACAAAGACAAAACAUAGCCUCUCCCCCUCCCCUCCCUUAACCUCCCCUAACUCUUUUCUAACGGCAUACUGUAAACACUGCUCUGAUUUAUCAUGAAUGCAAUACUCUUUGUGCAGGGAUAAAAGAAAACAAUUUCUGUAAUGUACAGCCAUUUUCCUAGAACAAGAUCCUGUUUUUAGUUUUUGUCUUUCUUAUGGACCUUAUGAAAACUGACGUUUAAGUACACUGUACGUGAUUUUCCACUUCAGAUAUAUUGACAAAGGAAAGCCUCGAAGGAGCACUCACUGAGAGCUGUAAAGAUGUAGAUGUCCAGGGAUGGAAGCCAGUGUGGGCUCUGAGAUACUCUGUACUUGUCAAAUGUCGUGGUGUCAUCAAAAACAAAGGGUAUGUUAAACAACUGCGCAAUACUAACUGA